AAUAUGGUCUAUAGCGGAAAGUAUGGGUUUGAAGACUUUCAUUGGCGUCAUAGCAAACUAUGCAUUUUUGCAGGGGUUUUGGCUACGGUUUCCAGCGAGGCGUCGGCUUUAUUUGUAUCAUUAAUAACUUUUGAUAGGAUUUUAGCUAUAACACGUCCAUUUUCAAACCCCCAUCUUGUAGCUAGAAGAGCCAUUUUAUUGUCGGCCUUAGCAUGGAUAGUUUCUUUGGUUUUAGCAUUGUGUCCUUUAUUUAUUCCACUUGAAGACUUCUAUGCCCAAACUGCCAUUUGUAUAUAUCUUCCUUUGUCCGUCAAAAGACAGUCAGGUUGGGAAUAUUCAAUGGUUGUUUUCAUUGGAUUCAACUUCAUUCUUUUUCUUGGCAUACUUGUUGGGCAGAUUUUUAUACUUGUUGAGGUUAUAAAAUCUGGAAGGAAAAUACAGUCCACAAACACCAAACGACGAGAAAUAUCACUAGCGAAGUCAGUUGGUGCUGUUGUUCUGACAGACCUCUUAUGCUGGAUUCCAAUCGGAAUAAUUGCUAUGAUGACAUUCUCAGGAGUAGAUGUUUCUCAGGAAGUCUACAUUUGGAUAAUAGUUCUUGUUUUACCGAUAAAUUCUGCUCUGAAUCCAAUUCUGUACACUUUGUCAGCUCUCAUAAGAGAAAGGAACAGACAAAAUCAGACUCCACAAAGAGCAGAGAUGUAGUGAUACAUGUUUAGUGUGGUGAAGGAUAAUAAUCAAUGUAAGAAAGUGAGUUUGAAAUGCGUAACAGUACCGAUAUAAAGUAACCACAAGAAACC